AUGAAACAGACUUGGGACCAGACAGUGUUUAAUGAAGAGGAAGCUCCUUCAAAAUCUCUAGAGGUUGCUGAAGUCUAUGGUACUAGGAAAGUUCAAACCCCUUAUGAUUCAUUGACACCUCCUUCAAGUGCCUAUAUGAACGGCUCACAUAAAUGCAGAGGCACUUUGAUAUGGCACCCUUGCCAGCAUACCGGUCAGUUGGUCCGUCGGUGGCUGGUUAUCGCCAAUUGA